CUUCAGUUCAAGUUCACUUCAAAUCUUUCCGACCCCUCGAAUCUAAUCAUUUCUCAACGACGCGCCCAAAAUGGUGUCGCUUUCGGUCGUCGAAUCCUCUAACGCCCUCGUCAACACACUUCAUCAAAAUCCAGUCUUGGUUGUAUUCGGUGGCACAUCCGGAAUUGGGCGUGCCACCCUCCUCGAAUUCGCAGCUCGAACAACCGAUCUCUCUCCCCGAAUCCAUCUCGUCGGCCGCUCUGCCUCUGCCGCCGAUGAAAUCCGUUCCGAAAUAUCCAAGUCAAACCCAUCCGCGACACUCUCUUUCUAUGCAGCGGACUGCGGUUUGAUGCGCGAAGUCGAUCGUGUGUGCAACGAGAUCCUCGAAGCCGAAAAAGAGCAUGGAAUCAACGUUGCCUACCUAGCCGCCGGAACACUCGAGCUGGAUCGGAAACCAAAUGAGGAGGGUCUACCCGUCCAUCUUGCACUGCAGCUCUUUGGCAGGGUGCGCGCGGCGAAAAAGCUUCUUCCCGCCCUUGGAAGCGCUGCCAAGCGGGGCGAGCUGGCGCGACUUGUUUUUAUUGCUGCUGGGACGAAGGAGGGACCGAUCGACGAGAUGGACAUGUCUCUGCUCCGGACCCCAAUUUCGAAAAUCCGAGGGCACCUCGCUUCGAUGCUGACAUUGGUGUUUGCAAAGCUCGCGAGGGAAGAGGAGGCGAAAGGGGUGAGCUUCGUUCAUGUGUUCCCUGGAAUGGUGAAUACGAAUAUUCUGCGGAAUAAAAGGAACCUGACGGAGGUGGCGAUACACUAUGUCGGGAGCGCUGCCAUGAAGCUGGCUUCGUGGAUGGGGAAGACGCUUUCGAUCAAGGAGACCGGCGAGAGGCAUGUCUGGCUAGGGACAAGUGCGAAGUUCCCUCCCAGCAAUGCAGUUGGGUUUCAGGGCGUACAAGAGGAUAAGAAGACCGAGCCUGCUACGGGGGUUGACGGGAAGGCCGGUAGUGGAGCGUACAUGAUCGAUUGGGACGGCAGUGAAGCAAAUGAGGGUACAAAGACGCUGAUAGCGAACUAUAUCGUAGACGGAAUGAUGGACAAGGUCUGGGAGUACUUCACCGAGGAGUUCACACGCAUAGGGCUAUAGUCGAGGUCGGACCGAGCAUGAUUCCCACUCUCUCUCUUUUAUGUUCUAUUCUGGCAUGGAGUUUUGUUGGAGCUGGGUUUGGUGUGCGGUUCAAUUAUGAAGCACUCUCAAUUUUUAUGAUACCUAUGGCAAAUUCUUCUUAACUAAUGAUAUAUCAAUACCAUCGGUCAGUCCAAAGGGCAGACAGUGAUGGUCUAGUCC